AUAUUUUACGUGGCACGACAAACGGGCCAAAUCGUUGGCAACGUGCUAAUUCUUUACGAUUUUACAAUGCCAGGAGAAAUACCGUCGAUCAUGAAUAUAGCGCAUGGUAAUGAUGCUUUGAGAGAUAUGCAGCAAAUGGAUUUGACUAUGGAGAUGCCUGUUGCGGAUGCAGAGAAUCCUUUCGUAGAAGGAAUCGUGCCUGGUGUUCGAGGAGAAAAGUUCCUCAAGGUUCAUCCAUCAAAAAUUGGUUGGGUCAACAACAAAACGCUACUUUUGAAAUAUCUGAUCAAUGAUCCGACAUUAAGUAAGAAUUCUUAUGCCGUGAUACUUAGAGAUGAAGCUGGUUAUUUGAAUACACAUGUACCGUUCCUGCCACCCAUGAUUGAAGGGCGAGGAGUGUUUGUUCAUUUCGCACCUGCUACUCUUGUCGCAGAUCAUAUUCAUCACACUGGAGAUGGUUUGUCGCCAUGGACUUUCCAAGGAGCAUCAAUGCACAAUCGUGUUCGCACAGUGAAACGGGCGCUCAUGCAAGAUUCAGAA